AUUUGCAUGGAAGGGAUAAGGGGAAACCCCAGGAAAUGCACAGCCCAGGCAUUAAUCAAAUCUUUCUCUAAUAAUAAACCCUCCAAGCCAUGCAGGGGCCUGGGGCUGGAGCUCGUGGUGCCAUGGCAGGAGCCGAGGGGGAUUAGACACCACGGGAGAGUCAAACCCAUGGAUGGGACACGCGUGGGGCGGGAUGCCAUGAACAACUGCACCGACCAGGAGUACUGGGACACCCUCGUUUCCCAGUGCAUCCCCUGCAGCCUCGUGUGUGGCCGGCCCACAGCCAGCAGGUGUGAUGCCGUGUGCGAGUCCAUGGACUGCAACAAGACCCCUGGAUUCUACUACGAUGACCUCGUGAGAAGCUGCAUCGAGUGCAGCACCAUCUGUGGGCAGCACCCCAAGGAAUGUGCCCCGUCCUGCGAACCCUCUCCCCCGUCGCCCGCGGCCAUGCUGGAGCAGAAGGCGUGUGCGGAGCAGGAGCCGUGGCUCGUGGUGUAUCUGCUGCUGGGGCUCUGCCUCUGCGCCCUCAUCUGCUCCCUGCUCCUGGGCUGGACACACCUACGCAGGAAGGGAGAGGUGGGCUCCUGCCAGGCUGGCACUGGGACCUGCCACUGCAGGGAGGACUCUGCCAAAGAUCGGCUGGUGGAAGCGGGCAGCGUCGGUGAGGGAUUCACUGGCAGCAGAGCCCCAGAGCCAGUGGAAACCUGUGGCUUCUGCUUCCCUGGACACGGCUCUGCUGUACAAGAGACCAAAUCAUGCCACAGCACCUUGUGUCACGCUGGGGAAAGAGCUGCUCCCUCCUACACCGGGAUCUGCAGCACGGGAAGCGCUGGGGCCACUCCCAGCCCUGAGGACGGCCACUUCAAGUUUUUUUGUUCUCCUUCCCAAGAGAAGACACCCAUGGUGUGACCAGAGUGGAUGUUCCUGCACAGGAUCAGAAUGGAGGGGUGCUCCCUCUGCCCCCAAAACACAGUUGCUUCACCCUCUGCUGCCAGUGACUGGAACAGCUUCUACCCGGACUGGCCGACCCAGCUCAGGCUUUGCCAGGGGCUGAAGGAUAAAGUGAGGGCUGGAGGUUGCACAGGGCUGUUUGCUCCCACUCAGGAAGUUAAAUUCUCAUUAUUCUUGUGCACUCCCAGUGAGUGACAGAAGUCACUUCCCAUUUACCAGCACCCAACUUCAUCCUCCCACUUGACCUCCGCAGGCCCUGCCGUGCGUCCCAGCCGUCGGGAGGGAACAUCUCGUGGGGGCUCUUCAUCCUGGUCCCACCAUCAGU